CGGUAUACGGUUAUUACCACGCGGCCAGACAACACCGAGCCGUGAUCCACCUCGGUCGAGAACGCUGUCCGCAGUGCACAUUCCAUCCGGUCGGUAGUGGGACACGGUAUACACACCGUAAACGUCUUGUUUCGGAAGAACUCUCACUCGUCUUCGUGCUCGCGUACCCGUGUAGUUUAGAUAAUAUUUUUGUGUUUACCAUUUAGAAAGCAAUGGCAAUAGCCGGAAGGACCGUCUCGGCAAUACCACAGGUGUGUUUGUCGUCGACGUGAGGGCCAUGACAACAUCCGACUCCAAUCUCAGGUCCGACAGGUCUCGAGGGUGAAACUUCACAGAAGCCACGAACGCCAUGCCACCGUUACUGUCCGGGGCCAUGGCCAGCGCCGCUUGGACCGGCGCCGGACUCAUACCCGUCUUCAUCGUCGCCUUGGCAUACCUCCGGUACUCCAUGUUUGAUCCUGAGUCCCGGGUCAUUGACGUCCAAGAGAUACAAGACGAAUACGAUUUCAUUGUUGUUGGCGCGGGUUCAGCAGGGGCGGUGGUUGCCAGUAGACUGUCUGAGAUGCGCAACUGGACGGUUCUAGUGUUGGAGGCCGGAGGAGACGAGUCGGAAAUCUCAGACGUCCCGUCGUUCGUCGGAUACCUUCAGCUUUCCGACAUGGACUGGCAGUACAAGACGGCGCCGCCGUCCAGCGAUAACCCUUACUGCCUGGCCAUGGUGCACGACCGGUGUAACUGGCCCCGAGGUAAAGUCCUGGGGGGCUCUAGCGUGCUGAACGCCAUGGUCUAUGUGCGUGGCAACCGCCGCGAUUACGACAACUGGGCGAACGCCGGCAACGAGGGAUGGAGCUACAAAGACGUUCUGCCGUAUUUUCUCAAGUCCGAGGACAACCGCAACCCGUACCUGACAAAGACCGAGUACCAUUCGCGCGGCGGUUACCUGACCGUGCAGGAGUCGCCGUGGCGGUCGCCGCUGGCCGCGGCCUUCAUCAACGCCGGCGAAGAGCUGGGAUACGAAAACCGCGACAUAAACGGUCGCCAUCAGAAAGGGUUCAUGAUCACCCAGACGACCAGCAGACGCGGCAGCCGGUGUAGCACGGCCAAAGCGUUUCUCCGGCCGAUCAGACUCAGGCCGAACAUCCACGUGUCGAUGCACAGUCAAGCGACCAAGAUCGUUUUCGACCACAGCGGCGGCGGCGGCGGCGGCGAACCCCGAGCUUCGGCCGUCCAGUUCUUGAGGAACGGCAAGAAGUACACGGUCAACGCCCGCAAAGAGAUCGUGCUGUCGGCCGGCGCCAUAGGAUCUCCGCAGUUGCUCAUGGUGUCCGGCAUCGGGCCGGCCGAACACCUGACGGAGCUGGGAAUCAAAGUCGUCAACGACCUGAAAGUCGGCCACAACUUACAGGAUCACGUGGGCCUGGGCGGGCUGACGUUCCUCAUCGACGAGCCCAUCACGUUCAAAAAGUCACGGUUUUCGACCGCGUCCGUGGCGCUGGAGUACAUAAUGAACGAGCGGGGUCCGCUGACCUCGGCCGGCGUCGAAGGUCUGGCGUUCGUCAAUUCCAAGUACGCCGACCCGUCCGGCGACUUCCCGGACAUACAGUUCCAUUUCGCCCCCAGCUCCGUCAACUCGGACGGCGAACAGAUCCGGAAAAUCACCGGGCUCAGGGACGCCGUGUACAACACCGUGUACAAGCCGCUGGUGAACGCCGAGACCUGGACGAUACUACCGCUGCUGCUGAGGCCCAAGAGCUCGGGCUGGAUACGGCUGAAGAGCAAGAACCCCAUGGUCUACCCGAUUAUCGAACCCAACUAUUUCGCCUAUCCCGAGGACGUGCAGGUGCUCAUCGAAGGCAUACGGAUCGCGUUCAACGUGUCCAACUCAGCGGCGUUCCGCAAGUACAACUCCCGGCCGUUGCUGACGCCAAUGCCGGGCUGCAAGAAAUUCGAACUGUUCAGCGACGAGUACUGGGAGUGUGCGCUCCGACACUUCACCUUCACUAUUUACCAUCCGGCCGGCACGUGCAAAAUGGGCCCUUCCACCGACCCCGGCGCCGUGUUGGACCCCAGGUUGAGGGUUUACGGGGUCAAGGGGCUCAGGGUCAUCGACGCCUCGAUGAUGCCCACCAUAGUCAGUGGAAAUCCGAACGCGCCCGUGAUCAUGAUCGGUGAAAAAGGGGCCGACAUGAUCAAAGAAGAUUGGGCGUUAACAGAAUCUUUUCAUUCGCACAUCGAACCGGCUGUAAUAGUUUAAGCUGCGACCGAGUAGGUACCUCGUCUAGGUCAUCUUGACACCAGGCGACCGUUACGGUUUGAAAGUUGUAGGGGGACAUACUUUUUCAUGGCAUCCGCUAAAACAUGGUUGUCAACACUGCAAAAACACGAGUAGGUUGUUGAUUGAUUGUUUUUUCUACAUUUUGAUACUUCAAACGCCUUUUGUAGAUACGAUUCAGAUUACUAUUUAAUCUAGUGAACGUUUUUCCAUAAAUUUCUCUGGUAGUUUUAGGAUUGCUUAAAUGGGUUUAUCGAUACGAUUUCGUGUGAUUAAUGGCGUACUCAUAUGAAUUUUAUAUACUAAAGUUUGACAUGAACCGGUUAACAGUUAACAUAUUAUAUUAUACCUGCUUUACAUUGACACGGUUUACAUAGGUCGUAUCGAACUAUUUAACAAAAAUUGCUCAAUUAUUGCUUUAAUUCAUAAUUUUAUAAUAUCCUACGCUCGGUAUUUCUUAGAAAACACUACUCGACACGCACACGUUGUCCUUAAAUUUCAUAAUAUUUUUUAUAAGAAGUUAACGCUGCGAUUAAUCUGUUAUCGAGUUAUGAAAAUAUCCAUGACAAACAAAAUCGAUCAGUCAGCGAAACAAAUAUUUUGGCUUUCUCGUUUACUUAAUUAUGUUUUCUUUUGAUUUACCUUUAUAAUAUGCUCACGUGAAAUAAAAUAUGUUAGUGUAAUUGUAAAUAUGUAAUCAAAGAAAUAAUUUAUAAAGAACUGCUUAAAAUAUUACAAAGAAUAGUGAGAUAGGUAAUAAUAUAUGGAUAAUUGUAAAUAGUUUUAGUUUUAUUUAGCUAUUUUAUAAUGCGUCAAAUCUUCAUUUGUAUAUUAUUGCUUUUUCGUUUAUUCACACUUAAAAUAUAUGCCAACUAAACAUUACUACCCAAUUGAAACGUGGUAAUUAUUGUAUGUUUAUAUAAAAUUAUAUCAUACAAAACUUCCAUCUAAAU